ACAUCUUUUAAAACAUGGAGUUUACUUGGAUCGUUAUUUCUACAUAUAUCUCUUCUUUUUCAGGUAAUACACCACUGUGUCUUGCUGUUCAAAGCGGACAUGUAGAUGAUGUUAAGAUGCUUAUAGACAGAGGUGCCAACGUUAAUGCUAAAACUCGGGAUGGCACAACUCCGCUUCACGAUGCAAUUAAAAAGAAGAAAAUAGAAAUUGCUGAAGUACUUUUAAAUCAUGGAGCUAACGUUAACGCCACUAACGAUGACGGUGUUACACCAUUAUGUCUUGCUGUUAAAAACAGACAUGUAAAAGUUGUUACGAUGCUGUUAGACAGAGGUGCUAACAUUAAUUCUAUAUCAUAUAAGAUUUAUCAUGACCUUUAUCGUGGCAUCAAUGGUUAUGAACCAGUUGCUGAGAUUCUUACACAGCAUAUAGUUAAGAUGAAAACUGCAAAUUUCUACGUAAGUGAACAAUUAUUGUCAAUGAGUAGCAAUUAUGAAAUAAGAUAUUUACAGGAUAUAUGUGAAAAGAAGUAGUAGUCAUGAAGAAUGAGAAACUUAGUAAUUGUAACAUUUCAUUUUAUGAUAUCUUGAUAAAAGAUACAAGUCCAUUAGCAAUAUAUAUGAGAAAUGAAAAUGUAGUGCAGGUUCUAAGAUCAGACGAUUAUAAAACAAAAUUUCCAAUAUACACUAGCAUGAUAAAAAAUAAGUUUAGAAAAGGUAUGGAAAGGAAAGAACAAGGCACUAAAAUUUUCUAUUUUUUCUGUAAUUUCCCUGAGCUACCACAUGAGUGUAUUGAACAAAUAUUUAGUUACCUAAGUGAUGACGUAAGAAUUUUAAUAUAUACUUGUAAGUCUGUUAGUGUCAGUAAUCUUAAUACUGAUAUUAAUGAUGUAACAAUUACCUCAAAUACAUCUAAAGUGCUAUGUGUGUAAGUUAAGGAAGAACGAACUACUUUAAACAUGAAAUAACAGCUAUAAAAAUUUAAAGAUUAUUAUUUUAUUUUAUAAAUACAGAUUACUAUCUUAUUUUAAAAUUAUAUUUUUGUAAGAGUUUAUCGUAUUUUACUUUUUUCAAAGUCGGUUUUUACGUUUAUAUUCUCUUGGAUAUGUUUUCUUAUGAUGAAUCCAAGAAAAACUAGGCUGUUUUAUAUCUCUCACUUUUGCAAACUUUGUCAGAUUUUAUAACAUUUGUACAACGAAAAAUUUAUACACAUUAAUCCGAUGAUACUCUUUCAUUGAACAGAGUGUAACACGUGUAAUUGCUUUUAUUAAUUUAAAAAAUAAAAUUAGAUUGGAAAACUUUGAA